AUGGACGACUGGAAAUCGCUAAAUCCACGUCCUGCCUCGCGGCGGCCCUCGUUGCGUAGACGCUUAGCUGUGGCAUCGGGUGCUGCGCUCCUGCUUGGCGCGUCGCACUUUUCAUGGAGACAGUGGUCCUGGGGCACGCCCGCGGUGCCUGUCGAGGCGCCGACGGUGUCCCAGUCGCCCUUUGGCUGGGAUGAUAUUACGCCCUCGCCCACGCUGGAGUAUCAUGACUGCGGCGCUGGCUUUCAAUGUGCGCGUCUGGAAGUGCCGAUGGACUAUAAUCGGACCGAAGCGGAUGGUCGAAGAUUUGCUCUUGCGAUGGUCCGCAUCCCGGCCAAGGUGCCCGUUUCAGAUCCCCGCUAUGGCGGUGCUGUCUUGAUCAAUCCAGGUGGCCCCGGUGGCCCUGGAACAUUGUCAGCCUUGUUAUCAGGGCGCAGUCUGCAGACGAUCGUCGACGCAGAGAACGAUCCUCAAACAGACCCCUUCAACGAAAAUGAUAAAUAUUUCGACAUCAUCGGGUUCGACCCUCGAGGCGUGGGCUCCACCACACCCACCGUAAUGUGUUUCCCCGAUCCCAUCGCCCAGCGAAACUGGGAACUGCAGCUGGAAGCGGAGGGCAUGCUCGGGAGCUGCCCAGAUGCACUGCAGCGGAAUUGGCAACGAACCCAAGCUUUGAAUCAGGGCUGCUCGGUCUUCGAAAUGAGCGCUGACGCGGUGGAAGGCGAAGAAUCUAUGAUGGCUUAUCUGAAUACCCGCCUUGUUGCGCAGGAUCUGGUGACCAUCGUUGAGCGACAUGGCGAAUGGCGCGAGAAACAAGGGCAGGAAGCCCAGGUGGCGUAUGACCAUUGCAACGGUCCGGAUGAGUCGCGUGCGAUUCUUCGACAGACGCAGUGGCGCGUUGGGAAGGAGCCUCUUCUAUAUUGGGGACGAUCGUAUGGCACUGUCCUGGGGACCACGUUCGCCGCGCUCUUCCCGGAUCGGGUCUCCCGGGCUCUGUUGGAUGGCGUGGUCAAUAUGGACACCUAUUAUGAAGGACGCGGACCGAAUGUUAUUGUAGAUGCAGAUGCCAUCUUCGAUCGAUUCGGUCAGUAUUGCGAUGCCGUGGGCCCAAAAAUUUGUCCCCUGUACACGAACGGUGGUCCAGAGGCCAUCAAAAAUGCCUACUGGGCCCUCGAGAAUCAAAUACUCAACGCCUCGAUCCCAGUCAUGGCGUCUCGGGCCCGUGGACCAGAAGUCGUCACCUGGACAGACAUGAAAGCCAUCCUGCGCGUCGCCGUUUACCAGCCCUUACUCGCGUUCCAGACCUUUGCAACGCUAAUCGCCGCCCUAGGUAAUGGCAAUCCCAUUCCAAUGGCGGACUACAAACACCGCAAGCAUUUUGGGUCGUGUCCGUCGAACGCAUGCAGCAUUGCCGGACCGUGGUCGCCGGAGUGUGCCCAGGGACAGGAUAACUCUCUAUACGCCAGUGCUGCGAUUCUAUGCAGCGAUGCAGAGUUUUUGACGAAGCAUGAUUCGCAGUCUUUUCGGACGACGUGGAAUAACUUGAGCUCUGAUAGUGCGGUUCUGGGUGAUUAUUGGGCUCAGCUGCAGAUGGCUUGUGUAGGGUGGCAGGCCAAGGCGAAGUAUAAGUUUAGUGGGCCUUGGGGUGGAACUACUGCUCACCCUAUGCUAUUUGUUUCGAAUAGGCUGGAUCCGGUUACGCCUUUGCGCAGUGCACACCACAUGUCCAAAAGAUUUCCGGGAUCCGCAGUUCUCGAGCAGAACUCUGAAGGUCACACUACGAUCGCCGCGCCUUCCCUAUGCGUCGCCAAGGCUAUCCGAAACUACUUCCAAACAGGAACUCUCCCCGCCGCAGGAACACUCUGCGAAGCAGACAUGAAACCAUUAGUUGGUAAACCCAAAGACGCUGCCAGUCCUGCAUCCAUGAGUGUGGGAGACCGCAAGCUUUUGGAUGCGCAGCUGGAGGAGGUGAUGCGGGGACAUUGGCCGAGCGUUUCGUGGCCUUGGAACCCGCCGCAGUAUCGCGGAGAUUUCUGA